AUGUUUCAAGGUUUAGCGGGCGUGGAUCUAGCUGUUGUGUUUUUCCGGGACAGAGUGAGAAUGCAUUGCUGCCGCUUCUAUUUUCUGCCACUUGUGUUUCCGCAGCUGCCGAUUGUCACUCAAAACCCCUUUGGCAGAAGGUCGGCAAACGGACGGAACGACGAGCGAGCUGACAACUUCUUCCCGACAAAAUUCGAGCUCGACAUGAGGCCUCCACAAGCUCUUGCUGUUCUUCUACUAGCGCUUUUCUGGCCAGCAUGCCGGUGCAGGAACGAAGAGGAGCGCCUGAUCAACCACCUGCUGAAGGAGCGCGGCUACAACAAGGAGCUGCGUCCUGUGGAGAGACAGGAGGACGCAGUUGACGUCUACCUGGCGCUCACGCUUUCAAAUCUCAUCUCCUUGAAAGAAGUGGACGAGACUCUGCUCACUAACGUCUGGAUCGAACACACGUGGACGGACUACCGGCUGAUGUGGAACGCCAGUGAGUUCGACGGCAUCGAGAUACUUCGCCUGCCGUCCAGCAUGGUGUGGCUUCCUGAGAUCGUGCUAGAGAACAACAACGACGCCCAGUUCCAGGUGGCGUACUACAGCAACGUGCUGGUGACACCCGAUGGGCUUUGCUACUGGUUGCCCCCCGCCAUCUUCCGAUCGUCCUGUUCCAUCAACGUCAACUAUUUCCCCUUCGAUUGGCAGAACUGCACCCUCAAGUUCACCUCCCUCACGUACAACGCCAAAGAGAUCAGGAUGCUCCUGAAGGAGGAGGAAAACGCAAAGGUGGAGUGGAUCAUCAUCGAUCCGGCCAGCUGGACCGAGAACGGCGAGUGGGAGGUGAUCCACCGUCCGGCCAAGAGGAACGCCUAUAAGCACAUUCCCAUGGAGAGCAACAAGCACCAGGACAUCACUUUCUACCUCAUCAUCAAGCGCAAGCCGCUCUUCUACAUCGUCAACAUCAUCAUUCCCUGCGUACUCAUCUCCUUCCUGGCGUCGCUCGUCUACUAUCUCCCGGCAGACAGUGGCGAGAAGAUGACGUUGUCCAUCUCUGUGCUGCUGGCUCAGUCCGUCUUCCUGCUGCUGAUCUCUCAAAGGCUUCCGGAGACUUCCAUUUCUGUCCCGCUCAUUGUCAAGUACCUGAUGUUCAUCAUGGUGCUGGUCACCGUGGUGGUCUUGAAUUGCGUGGUGGUCCUGAACCUGCACUUUCGAAGUCCCAGCACGCACGUCAUGUCCGAGUGGACCAAGAGGUUUUUCCUAGAGCGACUCCCCCGCCUGCUGCUGAUGUCGCGUCCCGCCGAAACGGAGCCGUACUGGGACGGCGCCUUGCAGCGGCGCUCCAGCUCGGCGGGCUACAUCGCCUCGGCCGAGGAGUACUACAGCGUCAAGUCUCGCAGCGACCUCAUGUUCGAGAAGCAGUCGGGCCGCCACGGGCUGGCGGCCCGGCCCGCCCACGCCGCAGUGAAAAAGUUGCAGGAGGACGGCGGCGGCGUGACCGAGCAGCUGUACGGCGAAAUCAAGCCGGCGGUGGACGGGGCCAAUUACAUCAUCAAACACAUGCGCAACAAGAACGACUACAAUGAGGAGAAGGACAACUGGAGCGGCAUCGCUCGCACGGUGGACCGGCUGUGCCUGUUUUUGAUCACGCCGGUGAUGACGCUGGGCACCAUCAUCAUUUUCCUCAUGGGCAUCUACAACCACCCGCCGCCGCUGCCCUUCGCCGGAGACCCUUACGACUACAGGGAGGACAACCCGCGCCCGCUGUAACGCGUGAACGUCAUUUUCCCUUCUGCUUCGUUCUUUCAUUUUGAGGUGACGAUUCGAAUAGGAAAGAACGAAAGGUCUCGGGAGUUGUCUGAUUUUGACAGCUGUCUGGAUAGAGCAGAGCGUGAAUAGAUGGAUGAAGGAUGGACAUAAGAAGGUUUUCCACAGAAGUGAGUAUUUAGCACUGCUGGUAGUAACAGUUAGCUAACAACAGAACGUACCAUGUAAUUGAUAAACCUAAUGCUCCGUGUUUGACAGAUAAAAACCUGGCUUGCACACUACAAUCUCUGCGCACGUCUUACCUUUGUUGUUUUGCGGUCAAAAGUUACAUCCCACCUCUAAAAUACCGCUGCUACUUAGCUGCUGCUAGCUAGUUAGUCUGAAAUGCAUUGUGAAUGUCCUAGUUAUUUAGAGAGUUAAGUGUGCACUCUUUUUACCACUAGCUUUGGGGUGACUUCCUUCUGGCGUAUCAGCUGUAUAAGUACAGGACCCAAGCUCGUUCACAUAUGAUUAUCAUCAGUGGAUCCUGAUAAUUAUACACUAAUAAUAAUCACUUCACCACCUUUAUUGACCUGUAGGAGUCAGAGCAGAGAGAUAGACCAAUUUGCCACCUUUAAAAACAGACGGCAUUCUUCGAUGCUUCCAUCUAUCAAUUAACUUGCAAUUGUUGCCAUUUUUUUCCUGUUGUUCUACUGUAUUAAAAUUCUACUGAAACAACAAUAAUAAUGAAUAAAUGAUCAGUCUUUGUUAGCUGUUUAUGAAAUUUUGUGAUCACUUACAUCCUGGUCAUUUCCUGGGGGCUAAGAUCUGAUCUGGGGUCAUUUUUUUCUGCCAUUGAAAAUGAAUGGGGAAUUUGGAUGUCCAUAGCCGUCAAUGGCAUCGACUUACAUUUGCGUCAAUGGAAUUGAGGACAUUUGGGGGGACAUGUCCUGUUGAUAUCUGUUCAUUUCCUGUUGAUUUGGGGACAUUUGGUUUUUUUUGGCAUUGAAAAUGAAUGGGAAAUUUGGACGCCCAUAGUUGUCAAUGGCAUCGACUUACAUAUGCGUCAAUGGACUCCAAGUAUAUCGGCAUCAACAGAA